AUGAUUUAUGAUGCCAAAAUCAUCGGGGUUGAGACCCAUUCUGAUAAUGUUUUGUACAAAAUGCGUAUAAUAAAUUCGCAGACUCUAGAGUAUAGGGAAAUUCGAGUUAGGUAUGGUUUCUUAUCAGAAUUGCAUUCCCAAUUGCAAGAUUUAAACCAAGAUUAUCAAUUACCCCAAUUUCCGAAGAAGGAGUUCUUAUAUUCCAUCUUUAGAGAAAAUGCAUUUAUUAAACAAAGUGAACAAAUGAUUGCCGAAUAUCUAUCUUAAUUGAUAAAAGCACCACCUCCCAUAUGUAAGCCAUUGUUGGAGUUCUUAAGAGAGGGAGUAGAUGCUGUUAGAUAGAAGGAAUUGUCAAGAGAAAUAUCGUCUAAGUCAGAACUCUUAAAAUUGAUUAAACCUGAAAAAGUCCUUAAGAAAUCAUGUUUUGGUAAAACUACACUUUGCUCACUCUAAGGAAAGAAGGUGAUUUUGCAUAAAUUCUAUGUUCUUAGACAUUAAAGCGAAUAAUUUUUUGGACAUUAUUUUGAUACGCAUUUAUAUUUCACAGAUUUCACUUUCAUUUGCAAAGUUAUUCAUAUCUUCUUUUUGCAUUAAAAACUCAAUUUUAUGGAUAGUAUGUUUGGAUCAACUAAACAGCCAAGGUCCUGUAAGUCAUAGCAUUUUGCACAUUUCUUCUCAUCCUAAUAUAAAUAGGAUGUAGUUAAAUUGCACUCUAUUGAAGUUUAUGAAGGUCAAAACUUGGAGGAGAUUAUCAAAGAGAAAAGAAUCAAAAAAACUCCAUUCACCAAUAUUGAACUUGGCAAUUUAAUCCAAAAAUUAUUGGAUGCAUUAGUGUUCUUACACAAUAACCAAUGCUAUGGUAAUAGAGUAACUGCAACCUCCAUCAUUAUCAAUCAAGACAAUCUCAAAUUAACUGGAAUUCAAGAACCCAACGAAAGAUACAAGGAUAAAUACUUAAUUGAUGGACUCGCCUUUAGAACUGAAUAAGAAUAUGACACCAUAUACUUUCCACCUGAGAAACUGAAUUAAACCCAAUAUAAUUCAAAAAUGGCUGAUACUUGGCAAUUUGGAGUCUGUAUUGUCAAGGCAGCUCUCCUUUGCACUAAUCGAGAAUUGGAAGGGAUUCAUUAACCUAACAUAGUCCAUGAUCUGAUUUCAGAAAUCAAAAGUCAAUAUGGUGAUGAAAUAGCCAAUAUCUUAAUGUUAAGUCUGAAAAAUUCCAUUCAACAACGAGCAUCAAUCAAAGACCUCCAUUCCUUGGCUUCCCAAAGUUCUGUUAUCCCAUUUUAGAAGUUAUUCUUGAAUCAAAAUCAAGAUCCACCUAUUACCUUCAUAAGACUCAAUUCUUUAAACAAUGAAGAACAACAAAGACUCACAGAUUAACUCUCAAAAUCAACUAUGUUAUCAAUCAAAAUUAACUUAUACGAUCAGGAAGUCGAUAAUAAGGAAUUUGAUAAAUUGAUGUAAUUAUUGGGUGAUUUCGCAAUAAUUAGAGACAUCGAAAUAAUAUUGAAUAAGACAAGGAAGGCUAAUGUAAGUAGUAUUCUCAGCAGUUUGGCAUCGAUAAAAUCAUUGAUAAAUUUGAACUUAGAUUUAAAGGGAUUGGAGAUAGAUUAGAAUGACAUCAUCUAUGGAAUCUCAAUAUUGAAAUAAAUGACAAUGAUGUAACGGUUUACUCUGGAUUGUUCUAGCAUGGACUUUAUCAAUUUUUUAAGAGCGGAAUUGGAUGAAAAGACGAAAAUGAUUUUUUAUCAUGAAUCAUAAUUAAUUUGA